CUGUGCAGGUGAUGCACAGGAAGGUCCAAUCUGUUCGGGCAGGAGGGAAUGUUACCUUUGCAUGCCAGUCAGUCACGAAAGAAGAUGUGCUACAGGUGACCUGGCAGAAGGAGACGGAUGGGGCUGAUGACAACAUAGCGACAUACAGCACGAUGAACGGCCAGAAGAUAGCGAAGGGCUACGUUGGCCACGUGAGCUUUGCCCACAGAGAGUUACGAGCCUCGGCCAUCUCACUGCAUGGAGUUACCCUCCAAGAUGAAGGAUGCUACAAGUGCAUCUUCAACACGUUCCCUUCUGGGGCUCUCACCGGCAGGACGUGCCUCAAGGUUUACGCCAUCUCAGACCCCAAGGUGGAGGCUAAGCUUAUACCCAGCCCAGACAAAGCUGAGGACGCCGAGAAAGUGGUGGGGAUGAGCUGCUCAGCAACAGGAAAACCGGCUCCAAAAAUCACCUGGCACCUUCCCAGCGUCCUUCAGCAGAAACCGAGGGAGUACCACGUCCAGCUUGGCAACCAGACCGUGGCUGUCAUCAGCAAUUUCACCCACACCUACUCCAAAAUCCUCCAGGAGUACCCCAUCACCUGCGAGAUCCAACACCCCUCUCUAAACGUGACCCUGGUCCUGCCCAUGGACAGCCUGGUGCACGGUCCGGAUAGCCGGGAUAGCAGCAUGGCACCUGCCAUUGUCAUUGCACUGGGGGUGCUGGUCCCCCUGACUUCCCUCCUCCUUCUUGCCUGCCUCCUCCACCUACGUGACCCAGAGAGAAACCCAGCGUGGCCAUGCUGGGUAGGUCUGCCUUUCCCCAGGGUGCUGCUGGGCUCACCUCCACCAGUGACAGGGCUCGACACCAGGACCCAGCUCUGCUCAGCCACCCCAGUGCAGGAUGCACGCUGCACAGCCCAGGCUGCACCUGCAUUAGAGAGGGACAAAGGGAACAGCCCCCAGCCAGCCAGCUGGAUGGCAGCAUUGUGGGAAGGGGAAACCUGAAGGUGUUGAGCCAGGCCCAUAGGUACCCAACGGUGAUGACAACUACAGAUUGUCCACUUUCUCAAUGACAAGGCAUGCUGUGAGUUAAGCAUUGCUCUAUUACUACAUUUAUGCGCAAAACAGUUGUGCAAGCAGUGGCUGUACCCUUGCACCCUUCUUUUGCAUCUCCUAAAAUAACCUCCCCCUUGCAUGGUUAGAGCAGCUUGUGAAGGAAGCAGCUUCACGGACACAUCUCAGACAAAAUGGGGUCUUAGAGGAAGAGGAUGUCUCUCUGAGGAAAGCCCAGGGUGCUGCAGUGCAGCAGGGGCUAAGCUGCUGCUGGUUGCCCCGACGCAGGGGAUGAAGGAUGCAAGCUGGAGGUGGGGGUAAGCCAAGAGAGGUGGCAUCGUUUCAGAAAACUCAGCCCAGUUUUAUGCCGAAGGCACCUCAUCUUCCUUGUGGGCUGUGGCCAGAGGGGGCAUCCUGGCAUCUGAUGGAGGGUUUGGAGGAGAGAAAGCAGCGGGAGGAGACGCAACACACGUCUUCAAUGGGUAUCAUGCCUCUAGGUCCAAGCUGAAGACUACUGGGGAGGGUUGUGAGGGGAAAACUUCAGUCUCUUGCACAGAGAGACACAAGGACCUAUUUGGUAACACAAAUAGCCAGGACCUUUACCCCCUCACUUUAAAUAUCCAUACAUUUUGAAGAAGGAAAAACCCCAACAACCUCUCUUCUGUUAGGUCUUUCCUGCCUGUAGGAAGGCCAAGAAGUGUGGGCAGCACAGAGCUGCGGGCAGGCAGGCCCCAGCAGUGUCCCCCCAGCCCUGCCACAUCACUGAACACCUGAGCAGCUGCUUGCCCUACACGUGCGAGAGAGGAACU